CCGAAGUUCAGUACCACAGUAACUUUUGAACGGUAAACAUCUAAGUUCAGAGUGUAGCUAGUACUGAGUUUGGAAGUGUUUUUCCAUCGAAAAUUACUAAAUUGACGUUAUGGCUGAUUCCUUGUACGAGAAGGGGCUGAGUGAGCUGUCGAAAAUGAAGGUCGCCGACUUGAAAGCUGAUUUGAAACAACGAGGACUAUCUACCACUGGAAAUAAGAAUGAACUCGUUGAGAGACUCCAACUUGCUAUACAUGGUGACGCUAAUCUAUGUCUCGACGAAACGACAGAUGAAAUCCUGGAUGAAGAUGCAGUGCUUGAGGACGAGGAAAUUGAGGAGUUAUCGUCCAAGCCAGAUUCCCAGGAUGUCGGGGAGAAGAGGCAAGCGACAGAGGACAUUAGCCCCACUCAGGCUAAAAAAAUAGUCCUCCAUAGGAAUCGUGUCAUUGAGGAGGUUAAGAGGAUCGAACCCGAGGAGAAGGAGGAAAAGCCUGAGGAGACUGAUACUAGUGAACCACCGAAAAAAGUUCUCAAAAUUUCGGAGCUGGGCACUAAGGAGCGAUUGGAGAUGAGAGCUAAGAGGUUCGGAGUUGUAUCCGAGUCUGCUAGGAAAGAGGCUAGGUCUGCCAGAUUCAACAGUGAGACUCAGAGCAAUGGAAAGUCUUCUGCAUCUGUUAAAACUCCUGUUAAUACAUCUUAUGACGUCUUGAAGAAGAGAUCGGAAAGAUUUGGAACUAGCACCUCUCGACUGAUGCAGAAAGCUGAACUCGAGGCUCGAAUAGAAAAACGUAAAGUUCGUUUUGGUGACGUUAAACCAGUAGAGAAAACAUUCCCUAACAGAGUCAAACUCGUCAAAUGAUAUUCCGUACUGUAUACCAAAAAAGCGAACUUAGAUCCUUAGUUGUAACCCUUUGUUUUUUCACUAAGAACAACUUCAUCAACAAUCAAAAAACAUCAAAUUAAACAUGGCAUUUCAUUCUCGAGUUAGUAACCAUGUUCAAGUACAUUUAUAUGAGUUGACAUUUCAUUUAUGAUUAUUUUAGAGAUUCAUUGGAUGGUGAAUGAGUAUACACUGUUUACAUAAAAAAUUAAUGUCUUCUGUUUCUAAAAAUAAAGAAACUUUUAUUUCGUAAAUAUCACGUAUGAAAAUUAAAAAAUCCUAUGUAAAAUUCAGAAAUUAAUUUUUCACAUUGAAAUACUUUAUACUGAGGUAGCAAAAAAGUAAAAUUUGGAAUUGAAAUUCAAAAUAAACAAUUAUAUUCAUU